AUGCUUCAAGAGAUGGAGCUCGCAUUGAACGAGAUGACGAAAAAUUUCACGAACGUCUCGAGCCAAAUGCAGAACAAGACUCAGAGGUUGGUCGAAGACGUCGAUUAUAGUUUCGAUCGUCAGCAAGUGGAGAAUAUCGUGGCGAUCGUGGUGCCGAUCUUCUUCGGCAUGAUCGGCAUCCUCGGACUCGUCGGGAACUCUUUGGUUGUCAUCGUGGUAGCCGCGAAUCCUGGCAUGAGAUCAACGACAAACAUCCUAAUCAUCAAUCUGGCCGUGGCGGAUCUAUUGUUCGUCAUUUUUUGUAUUCCAUUCACUGCGACCGAUUUUGUCUUGCCAUAUUGGCCCUUCGGCAACAUCUGGUGCAAGAUGGUUCAGUACCUCAUCAUCGUCACUGCCUAUGCCAGUGUUUAUACAUUAGUCCUCAUGAGUCUCGAUAGAUAUCUGGCAGUGGUUCAUCCUAUUUCCUCGAUGUCAUGGAGGACUGAAAAUCACGCAAUCAUCGCCAUCUGCAUCGCUUGGGCGAUGAUUUUCGCACUAUCCACCCCUGCAUUCUUUGUUCACGGUGAGUUUCAGGACACGAAUGACUCGUCGUCGUCGAAUUUGACGGCCUGUCGAAUCCUCCCGGAAUAUAGUUGGCCGUCGUUCCAGAUGACGUUUUUCCUGAUGAGCUACCUGCUGCCGCUGAUGCUGAUAUGCUACUUUUACGUUUGCAUGCUCAUCAGACUCUGGCGUGGCGAUCGGGUCAGUGCCGAAGGCCGACGUGGAAGGAAACGAGUCACGAGACUCGUGUUCGUCGUUGUUGGCGUUUUCGCCUUUUGUUGGUGUCCUAUACAGGUAAUCCUCGUCACGAAAUCGUUCAACGUGUACCCAUUGAAAUUGGCGACGAUAAUGUUUCAAAUAGCGAGUCACAUUUUGGCGUACACGAACAGCUGCGUCAAUCCUAUUCUUUACGCCUUUCUCAGUGACAGCUUUCGGAAAGCUUUUCGGAAAAUCAUUUACUGCAGGCCACGAUCGGAUCAAAACAGACAACUGGGACCAUUGACGAAAACUACGAGAGCGGCCAGCACAGGUGACAACCUUUAGGUCACAAAUACUUCGGCGGCGGGGAUUCGUCCAGUAACGAGCACUAAUUGCGCCGAUUUUACGUCUAAAUUAAAGGGUAUCGCCGGUAUUCGAUAUUCGAUGUCACACGGGAUAGUUAUCAUGUGAACUCGAGCGUGCAUUUGUGUCGUUUAACCGUAACGGCUGUUUCACGAAACAAUUAUAACAGCGACGUGUAUCUUUAAUCUUCCUAAUUAACAGGCUCGACGACCGUGACGUUGUCCGAUUUUUUCGAGCAACCCCUAUUGCGCCAGGCGUUCGACGGAUUGUGAUUAAGCGUCCUAUUCUCUUCUCUUUUCCUCCUUUAUUUUAGUCGCCUGCGAAUGUAACGAACAUUUUCUAUACACUCGUAAACGGCGUGACGGAUUUACGCUUACACUGUGUGGACAAACUGUGUACAUAACGCUUGUAAGGUAACGAACAAGGAUAAAUAAUAAGUAAUAACGUUUAAGCGGUAGAUAGAUCGAACGAUGGUUACUAACGUAGAUUUAGAGAUCGAGCAGCAAGCUUAUCCUUUGUUCGAUCGAUUGUAUAAGAAACGAAAAGAGCUUAACGACACGAUCGAUCGUCAGAUCUCGCGUUUAAACUAGAAAUUUAGGUUCGUGUGAUUUCGAGCAGCAGCUUUCGGUUAGCAGGAUUCACGGAUGGUGGUAGAUGAGCCCCUGCCCAUUCUGUGGAGCCAUGGCACGAAGAGAAACAGGAAACUCGAAAGUAAUUCGAUUUACCCAACGUUGAACCUCGUUUUUCUUCUUAUUUUUCCUUUCUUUUUUUUUUCUUUCUCUUCCAGCUGA